AUGAAUGAAGUAUGUGAAGAAGUAAAAAUGUAUCAAUUAAAUGCAAUGCAUAUACUUCUUGAUUUACAACAAUCUUAUCGAUCUUGUUGGAUUAUUCAAAUGACAAGACGAUGUGCAAAAAUGUUAUUAAAAUAUGAAUCUGUAGCAAUUAUUCAAUUAUAUGAAACAGGAAUGCUUGCAGAAAAUGAAUAUUCACAUAUAUUAGAAUUAAUUGAAAAUAAAUUAUUUUCUCUUGAAUAUGGAAAUAUUAAAAUGUUAAAAAAUCAAAAGAAACUAUUUGAAGAUUCAUUUGAUUUAUUAUCUUUUUUUCGAAAUCUUCCUUUGAGACAGAAAGAUAAAUGGAACAAUCUUUUAAAAAUGAAACAUAAAUGGUUUCAACCUGGCGAUAAUUUAUUAGAAAAAAAUCAACGAGUAACAAAUGCUUAUUUAAUUAUUCGUGGUAUUGUUCAAUGUAAAGAUGAAACAUUAGUUACCUUUUAUAAAUGUGGUAAUAUAAUUGGAAUUGAUGCAUUAUUCAAUGGAAAAUCUUCAUCCUUUAGUACAUAUAAUGCUAGUGGAGGUGUUGUUGAAACAUAUUUAAUUGAUUCAGUUCUAUUACAUGCUCUAUUAUCUGAUGAAAAACUGUCUCGUUCAAUUUAUGAUGAAUUAGCUCUUCAUAUGAUUAUGAAUAAUUUUCAAAAAUUUUUAAAUUUAAAUCAUUCACAAUUAAAAAUGCUUUUAAAUGAAAAAUCAAUAUUUUAUAAAAAUGAAUCUCAAUUAUCAAUUGAACUUCAAUUAAAUCAACGAUUAUUUCUUUUAUCAGGAACAAUUGAUUGUUAUUUAAAUAAUGAAAAAAUUAUUUAUGAUUCAACAGAUUUAUUUUUAAUUAAUUCGCCAACAACAUAUAAAUUAAAUUCCUCAACAAUUAUGUAUACAUGGACAUAUGAAGAUGAAAUUUAUUAUUUAAAUUUAAAAAAAUUUAAAAUUAAUUCUUUUAUUAAUAAUGAUGAAAGGAAUUCUGUUGAACCAUUCUAUCCAUUGUAUUUAGGUGAUACAAUUGAAUUUACUCCACGACGUCAUUCAUUAUCAAUAACACGUCCAAUAGAAAAUUCAAGUAAUUUUCAAUUUAUUCCAUCAGAAAUUGAAGUUAAUAAUCACAACAAUAUACCAUUGGAAUAUUUUUAA